AUGGCACAUAUGUUCCUCUCCUCUACGAACAGAUUCAGCGCCAGAUUCGCCUUCAUCUUCACCGUGUCACUGUCCUGCACCUAUUUGUGCUAUAGUAUUCUUUUUUGUCGCACCACAAUCAUGACAAACCAGGGCUACGAGGCGAAAAGAUGCCCGCCGAGCAAGAACGCAGGAGGGAAGAAACUUCUUGGAAAAUUGGACGAUUGCGCGUCGCUGGAAGUCCGGUCCGCUCUGGAUGAGUCCGCCGCCCCGCGAGGAUCAAACGAUCUCCGCGACCAAAGUAGAGCCCUAGCCUCGUCGGGGAGCCACUGGGCUGACAUGAAGUUGAGAAACAUGAGCGUCGCGCAGAAAUAUGGGAAUAAGAAGCUGCCUAACGCGUUAAUAGUGGGUGUAAAGAAAGGAGGCACCAGGGCGGUGCUGGAGUUCAUCCGGAUACAUCCAGAUGUGCGCGCCCUCGGAACAGAGCCGCACUUUUUCGACAGAAACUAUGACAGAGGGCUUGACUGGUACAGGGGACUAAUGCCACGAACACUAGACAGCCAGAUCACAUUAGAGAAGACUCCCAGCUACUUUGUCACCAGAGAGGCGCCGAGACGGAUCUCCAGCAUGUCCCACGAGACCAAGCUGAUUGUUGUGGUGCGUAACCCAGUCACAAGAGCAAUCUCCGACUACACGCAGACUCUUUCCAAGAAGCCCGACAUACCUACGUUUGAAGAGCUGGCCUUUAAGAACAGAAGUCUGGGUCUCGUCGACUCUUCCUGGAACGCCAUUCGGAUCGGGAUGUAUAUUCUGCACCUGGAGAACUGGCUGCAGUACUUUCGCCUGUCGCAGAUGCACUUUGUGAGCGGGGAGCGGCUGAUCACGGAUCCGGCAGGGGAAAUGGGCCGCGUUCAGGACUUUUUAGGACUGAAGCGCAUAAUCACGGACAAGCACUUCUACUUCAAUCGAACCAAAGGAUUCCCCUGUCUGAAGAAGCCGGAGAGCAGCAGCCAGCCACGCUGCCUCGGCAAAUCCAAGGGCAGGACUCACGUACAGAUCGAACAGGAGGUCAUAGAGCAGCUGCAGGAGUUUUAUAGGCCAUUUAAUAUCAAAUUCUAUGAAACUGUGGGACAAGACUUCAAGUGGGAUUGAGAGUGCCAUCCAGAAGCUGUGCUGUUUUUAAAGUGGCUACCACCGGAGACAAAUAUAAAUGAGGGUAUCUUCGACAAAAUGUUUAAACUUAAAUGUUU